UUGUGGGUCCCUCCCAACUCAGGGUCUUCUGUGAUUCCGUGAUUCUCUAAACACACUUGUGGCACUGGAAGGGGGAUUAAAAUAAGCAGAAAACCUGUGUUUGUGCCACACACAUGCUUUGACUUUGCAGGGUGAGACAAGCUGGCCUGGGGUCUUCUCAUACAGCUCAUGGGUGUGUUGUGACACUUGAAUUAAGUCGAAAUAAAGAAAACCAACCUUCCCACGAUGGAGCUUCUCUGCUGGAAGCAGCUGGGAUGGAUACAGGAGUGGAACCCAUCAAGGCAAGCAGAGUGAGCUUAGGAAAACAUAUUGCUUUGGCCUUUUUCUGUUUAUAUCUUAAUGCUCCCCCCAGGUCCUGCAGCAUUAAAAUCUUGGUUUAGAUUGUAAAACAAACAGAAGGAAACCAAGAGAACGGGUCUUUAAAGAGCUGAGAUGGAGGAAAGGAUGAAGAUAAACAGAAAAAUCAAUGUUAUCAGCAACCCACAAACCAAUUUUCAAAUGCAUGUGUUGAGUAGGGCAAGCAAUCUGAGUCCUGUAGCAGCACAAAUCAUUACCUACAGAAAAAGAGGAGGAAGAAGAGGGCAGGGAAGCAAUAUCCAAGGAUUUGAGUAACGUACAGGCACUUUAAAUAACUACCUGAAAGUUAGUGAUACCGUAUGGCUGCAUGACUUCUAAGAAUAAAAAGGUAAACAGUAAUGUAGUGACCUGAUUCUUUCUGGUUUUUUUAAAUAUAAAUGUUGAACUAAAACGUAAUUUCUGCACUGUGCUGUCAUUACUCUGCAAUACCUGUGAGUUGCUGCCCUGUGUGUGGGUGUUGCCAGCAUAAGUCCCAUCCCUUGGAUCCAUCCUGCUGGUUCUAAGACUUUUCAAGCUGACAAGAAAUAUUCCAGCAUUCUUGGCUCCUUGGAGGUUUUCCCAGUGUGCCUUCAGAUCCUCCAAAUCGGAACUCAAGCCGAAUCUUUCCAGUGAUGGAGUUGUCUGUGCUCCACUUCACACAUUCACUGAAGAGGAGACAAUGCUGAAGAACAUGGUGACAAAAUUUGCUCAGGAACGGGUGGCACCUUUCGUGCAACAAAUGGAUGAGAACUCGAAAAUGGAGGACUCCAUAAUACAGGGAUUGUUUGAACAAGGGCUGAUGAGUAUUGAGCUUGGGGAAGAAUAUGGAGGAACUGGAGCUUCAUUUUUUUCAACCAUAUUGGCAGUAGAAGAAUUGGCCAAAGUUGAUCCAGCUGUGUCUCUUUUAUGUGAACUCCAAAACACACUAACAAAUAAAUUGUUUACCACAUAUGGAACAGAAGAACAAAAGAGAACUUACCUGCCCAGAGUGGCUAAAGACACAAUAGGCAGUUUCUGUCUUUCAGAGGCUGGGUCUGGCAGUGAUGCCUUUUCUUUGAAGACACGGGCUGAGAAGAAAGGAGACUACUAUGUUAUCAAUGGCUCCAAGAUGUGGAUUAGCUUAGCAGAACAUGCAGGAGUUUUCUUUGUGAUGGCAAAUGCAGAUCCAUCCUCAGGAUACAGGGGAAUUACGUGCUUCGUAGUGGAUCGUGACACAGAGGGACUGCACGUGGGGAAGAAGGAGGACAAGCUGGGAAUCAGAGCAUCUUCUACCUGCCCAGUGACUUUUGACAACGUGAAGGUUCCUGAGACCAAUAUCCUGGGACAGGUUGGACAAGGCUAUAAGUAUGCCAUUGGAUUGCUCAAUACUGGCAGGAUAGGGAUUGCUGCACAGAUGUUAGGACUGGCACAGGGGUGUUUUGACCACACAGUUCCAUAUACAAAAGAGAGAGUCCAGUUUGGGAAAAGUGUCUUCGAUUUCCAGGGGAUGCAGCACCAGAUCGCCCAGGUGGCCACGCAGCUGGAGGCGGCGCGGCUGCUCACCUACAACGCGGCGCGGCUCGCCGAGACCGGCCGGCCUGUCAUCAAGGAGGCCAGCAUGGCCAAGUACUACGCUGCUGAGGUUGCAACACUGACAACUAGUAAAUGUAUCGAAUGGAUGGGAGGUGUUGGAUUCACAAAAAAUUACCCAAUAGAAAAGUAUUAUCGUGACUGCAAGAUAGGUACAAUAUAUGAAGGAACCUCAAAUAUCCAGUUGAGCACCAUUGCAAAAAUCUUAGCACAGGAAUACUGAAACCAUGAGGACUACCUUGACUGUUAAAGGAAAUUAUUGCCCUGAACACUCAUUGUGAAUUACCCAUUUAUUUGUAAAUACAAAAAGCAUUAAUGACAUCAUAAAUAAGAAUACAUCAUCGCAGAUGAAGUCCUAGGGAAAACCAUGAAUUCCCCAUUUCAGGACAGUGAGUAAUUCACGUGAAAUCCUGAAUUCCACGUUCAGAUCCAAAGUAUGGGGUUUAAGUAUUUCUUUCUGCCUGAGAGACUUCCAGGAUAAUUCCUUGGAUUUAGUUACUUCAGGUUAUGCAGGCAGUGCAUCUCCACUUGGGGAUUUCAAAGUGAAAACAAAGGAAGCCAAAUCCUUGGCAUAACUGAUGGAGAGGUUCUGUUAAGCCACCUGGGAGGAAGGGCUCUACAGGAGAGAGAGGAGCAGUGGUUUCCUC